CAGGAAGUAAUGAAGGCAGUCGAUUGUGGCUCAAUGUGAGGCAGAACAUGAGAGCCAGCUAGAGGUCUCUGUACGACGUUAUAUUGGUAGAAAUAUAAAUUAAAAUGAAUAUAAGAACAGCAGGAUGCGUGUUGUUUCGGUCUCGUUGUUUGACACGUGAUGUCCUGACGGCUGUGCGUCAUAUCAAUGAUCAAACCGUUCCGGAUCCAGAGAAAACCAGAUUUAUCCCAGCACCAACCUCUAAAUAUGACUGGAUUGGGCCACCAGACAGACUGUCAAACCUGCGGCCAAUCAUAUAUCACAUCCCUGAAAAUGAGACCCAACUGGAGAUGAAGCUGAGACAUCUGAGGCAGGAAACGGAGGACUGGAACCAUGAUUUCUGGACAAGACAGAAUAUCACCUUUGGCAAGGAGAAAGAGAAAUAUAUACAAUCACAGCUAAAGGCAAAAGGACUGUCAGAAAGAGAUGAGAACGGAAGAAAAAGGAAUUUAACAAGUGAGGACAUGGCAGCCUUCUACAAACGCUUCUUAGACAAAAACUAUAUGAAACAUUCAGCCUAUAACAAAGAAUGGUACAGAAGAAACUUCACCAUUACAGCGCUGAUGGCCAGAGUAACCCUGUAUAAUUUCUUGAAGACAAUAACUGGUCAAAGGAGGAGUAAAGGCAAACCCAAUACAAUGUCCAAAUAGACUGUCAGUUAGUAUUCCAUGUUCAUGCUGUUCAUCUUCUCAUCAUGGCAUUCUGUCAUGGAAAAUUUAAUUAUUGAUGACCACAGUGACUGGUUAACAUCUGUCUAAAUGUAAAUCAUAUGUUCAUUUGACUUUGUAUGUAACAAACUCUGAUACAUAAAGAAUUAUUGUGCAAUAAAAAUGCCUAAUCUUU